AUGGAGAAUAGUAUAUUGAGGAGAGUGAGCAGUAUAUUGUACCAGAAUCCAGUUAUAGUUUUUAGUGGUCUAAUACAGUUUGAUAUCAUGUCGAUUAUUGACAAAGAGAGUAUGCAAAAUAUGUUCCAAAUUUGCCGGCAGACUCAAAUGCGACAGCCACAGAUUGAGCUGUAUGUUGAGUAUGAAAACAUAGUGGCAGAUGAGAUUCAAAAUGAUUUAGAUAUAGAGGAUGAUAGAGUUGCAGUGUACGAAGGAAUGAAUAGUGGUAGUGAAGAGGACUUCGAAGCCACUUAUGAAGUUGGCGAUGAAGACGAGGAUGGUGAUGUGGGAGUCAAAGCAGCAGCGGAAAAUGUAGUGGUUCACCCCGUAGUCAGUCAACCAAAGAACGUCCCACCUUUUAUGCGUAAUUUGGAUCAUGACGCCAUGAAUGCACCAGAAUUCCCAGAAUAUGCAAACAUAGGUGUUGCUGAUCCUGAGAACGGAGAGUUCAGGAUAGGAAUGGAGUAUAGUUCUAGGAAGUCUGUUGUCGUAGCAAUCAGAAGUUACACUAUCUUUAGAGGAGUCGACUACAAUGAGAUACGAAGAUACAACGGUAGUCACACGUGCACCAUGGGAACAAUUUCACAGGAUCAUUCCAAGUUAGACUCGGACACAGUUGCUAAGGCUAUAAGGCCAUUGGUUGAGAGUGACCUGUCCAUCAAGGUCAAAUCUAUAAUUAUGGAAGUCCAAUCAACGUUCAACUACACCAUCAGUUACCGAAUGGCUUAG